AUGUCAACAAAUUAUCAAAAAGAUACAACUUUAACAAAAAUUUUUGUUGGUGGAUUACCAUAUCAUACAACUGAUGAAAGUUUACGUUGUUUUUUUGAUCAAUUUGGUCCAAUUGAUGAAGCUGUUGUAAUCACUGAUAGACAAACAGGAAAAAGUCGAGGUUAUGGAUUUGUAACUAUGACUCGCACUGAAGAUGCAUUACUUGCUAUUCGUGAUCCUAAUCCAUGUAUUGAUGGUCGCAAAGCCAAUGUGAACUUAGCAGUACUUGGAGCUAAACCUCGUCUUAUGCCCGGAACUAACACUGCAGUACCGGGUUUUUUUCCGCUUCAAACUGGGUUACCUAUAGAUGCUAAUCAUGCAGGUUUCUAUAAUAAUCCUGCUACUGCUGCAGUUGUUACCAAUUCUUUAAUGAAUCCUUUAAUGAAUGCAGGUUUAUUGACAGGUUUUAAUAUGCCAAAUGCUGCUACAUUGUCACCAGGUAUAAAUGCUACUGAUCCAACAUCUGAUAAUCGAUUACAAGCACAGCUCCCAUUGAAUCAACUUGCUAAUUUGAAUUAUUUACUCAAUUAUUCAAAUGUCAUUGGAAAUCCUUCAUCUAGUGCUGCAGCUGCAGCUGCCGCAGCAGCAGCAGCAGCAGCUCUCGCAGCUACAGCGAAUACAAAUCAGCCAAGUAUUUCACCAGCUGCAUUAGCACUUUUAAUGUCUACCUACGGGCAAGGUACAAGUGGGUUGAAUACUGUAUUACCGGGAACUAAUUCAUUUGUUGGAAUGUCACCUGUCACACAUCAAUCGUUGAAUGCAACCAGUCUACCAGCAACAAGCUUAUUAAAUUUAAACUCUACCACGUCAAAUACAACCGGUUUAAAUGUACUGACAGGUAGUCAGUCUGUGUCACCAUUCUGUAGAACAUUCACUCCAGAGGUUUCACCGAAUGAAUUGAAUGCAUAUUCUGCUGCUAUGGCUUAUCAACGACUGCUUAAUAUGGCAUCAAAUUAUCAAACUAUUCCAUCAUCUUUAUUUACACCUGUUAAUUCGACUAACUCACUGUCAAGCGCCUUACUUAGUAAUCAGUUUGCUUUAAGUUCAAAUCAGACUAUGAAUUUCAAUAAUAACAUUAGCGGCAGUAAUAAUAACCAUGCAUCUAGUAACCAUAUCAGUGUAUCAGCGGAUCAAUCCAACUCAAUGCCUUUGAUAUUUCCGCCCACAUCACGUAAUUUAGUUGCGUUCACAUCGGACAUAAGUGUUCCAUCAUAUGAUUACGGUAAUCCACAAGAGCUAACUGCCAAUAUCCACGCUAGUCUGACAACUGGUCAACAUUCAGCGACAAAUGCUACACCACCACCACUUCGUGAAGGUUUAGAAUGUGUGAAUGCAUCUGUGAAUUUUUGA